CCCUGUUAUUCGUACCCUUACCUUAACCAAUCACACUCCUUUUUCCACAACAUGACCAAUCCAACCAACGAAGGCACGAGUACCAUGCAAUCAGAGGCACAGUAGGACGGGUUAUGCCUUCGCCAUCCUAGAUAACGAAAAGUUGCUGCCAGCAAGGAGGAGAGCACAACUACGAGGAUAAAGCCUGCAGCCUGUGUGAAUUACAAACAGUUGAAGGAUUUCAACUUCACCUAGACUGAUAAGAGGAAAUUCUUUUCUGGUUGGUGACUUGUUGACUGUUUAAAUGCUUCAAAUGAGAGUCCUGUAUUCAUCAAAGAGCAGAAAACAGGUCAAACUGCCACUAAAACCAACAUGUCUCAGCAACAGGCCGAGGCCACAUCAACUGACAAGCUGCCUGAGCCACAAAGACCAGUCUCUCCUGCACCCAGCAAUGAUUCCAUAAAAAGUGACUUGUCCAAGAAUGAACCUCUCAACUUCCGUAAAGAAGAAUCGGGGCUGCCUGAGCCACAAAGACCAGUCUCUCCUGCACCCAGCAAUGAUUCCAUAAAAAGUGACUUGUCCAAGAAUGAACCUCUCAACUUCCGUAAAGAAGAAUCGGGGCUGCCUGAGCCACAAAGACCAGUCUCUCCUGCACCCAGCAAUGAUUCCAUAAAAAGUGACUUGUCCAAGAAUGAACCUCUCAACUUCCGUAAAGAAGAAUCAGGGUAAGACAUUUUGGUUAUGUUGUAUGUUUGAUACGGAGAGAAAUUAAAUUUGAUGGCAUUUCUUUUUAAUUUCAUGUUGAAAAAUGAGUAGAGAGCGAGU